GAGGCUGCUGGAAGACUGACUGGCCACUUCAAUACACACAUUUAUACAAAAAACACCCGCGGACUGAGAGAAACUGGUCCAACAAGUGCUCGGAGGAAGGAGAGGGAGAGAUGGACCAGCAGAAACAGACAAAGUACAACUCCAAGGAGAGGCAGGACGGCGGGGACGGCGUCUCCGCGCUCAACGGGCACUUCGCCGGGAUGAUGAAGCGGCCGGGGGGCGGGCCCCCCUCGGGGCCCCCCUCGGAGCCCGGGGCCCCCCGGGGCUCCAUCCCCGGGGCCGCCUCCUCCUCCUCGGUGAUGGAGUCCUGGAAGGAGGAGCGCACCCGCAGCCUGGAGGACAACGAGCUGAGCCUGCCGGCGCUGGCCGCCGCCUACAGCAGCAUCCUGCGGGGGCUGGGCGAGGACCCGCAGCGGCAGGGCCUGCUCAAGACCCCCUGGAGGGCCGCCACGGCCAUGCAGUUCUUCACCAAGGGCUACCAGGAGAAGAUCACCGACGUUUUGAACGACGCCAUCUUUGACGAGGACCACGAUGAAAUGGUGAUCGUCAAGGACAUCGACAUGUUCUCCAUGUGUGAACACCACCUGGUGCCCAUCUUCGGCAGGGUUCACAUCGGUUACCUCCCCAACAAGAGAGUCCUGGGCCUCAGCAAACUGGCCAGGAUAGUUGAAAUCUACAGUCGUCGACUACAAGUUCAGGAGAGGUUGACCAAACAGAUCGCCGUGGCGAUCACAGAGGCCCUUCAGCCCACCGGCGUGGGAGUCGUCAUCGAAGCCACUCACAUGUGCAUGGUGAUGCGGGGCGUCCAGAAGAUGAACAGUAAAACCGUCACCAGCACCAUGUUGGGAGUUUUCAGGGAAGACCCGAAGACCCGGGACGAGUUCCUGACGCUCAUCCGGAGCUGAGGAUGGAGCUGCUCCUCCUCCUGCUGCUGUUGCCUGGGGUUACCUCCACCAGUGUGUGUGUGUGUGUGUGUGUGUGUGUGUUUCCAGUUUACCAAAGGCAGUGACGGGUGGUUUACUGUGUUUUUAGUCUUCGUAAAGACCUGACAGAGCGGCGCGUUACCUCAGUGAUCUCAGUGUGGGGUCGCUGGCUGACAUGUUUACUUUUAGAUGGCAGUGCAGACUUUACCCCUAUUUGUCCACGUGGUGUGUGUGUGUGUGUGUGUGUGUGUGUGUGUGUGUGUGUGUGUGUGUGUGUGUGUGUGUGUGUGUGUGUGUGUGUGUGUGUGUGUGUGUGUGUGUGUGUGUGUGUGUGUGUGUGUGUGUGUGUGUGUGUGUGUGUGUGAGAGGAGGAUUUAUGCUGAUAACUAAAACAGUAUUUUUCUACACUUCAACAAUCAAGAUGCAUAUUUGCGUUAAAUUGGAGUGAAAUACUAAAAGUUAACUCGUCACCAGCUGAGUCCGCGCACCUGUUUGGCUUCACUCAGUUCUUAAAUGUUAAAAGUGGCUCAUUUGUCCAUUUCACUCAGCUAGCCUCAGCUCAUCGAUCAGCUCAAUAGCUGUUUGUUUUCUCAGCUCUGCUCGACAUCUUUCAGUCCUGAACCACAAAUCCAGCAUGUUUUCCUCAUCAAGUUAAACAAAUUGAUGCACUUCUACAGAUGAUUUUAACAUGUUUAACCUGCCUCCCUCCAUCGUAGCUUUACACCCCUCCCUCUGAGCAGAAGUGGACGGUAAAAAGAGAGCCAGUCAUUUUUAAAGGCUCCCAAUUUCCUACAUAUAUCUUGUCAAACUAAAACAAGAAAAGUACAAGCUAAUUCCAAGAGUUUACUUUCAUAACUGCUCGUAAGAACUAGCAGCUAUUGCACUUGAACCUGAAAUGAAAGGAUACACAGUGAAAUCUGACAUCUUUCCAUCGUGGAAAAAAUGGACCAAACUCUUUUUACGCUUUUUAAUAAAUAUGAUUUAUUUAAGCAGAAGAAACCCUGUGGAGAACAUGGCCGUUAGCAUGUGGCUAACUUGGCGGCAGGUCGACCCGAACCACACGACUUUAACCUGCAGCUGCGGUUGAAGCUGAAUGUGACUGCAGUGACACAACAAACACGGGUUCAACUGAUUUGUAGUUAAAACUGGAAACCAGAAGAAUACGCAGAGCUGAAGUUUGAGGCCACGUUUACACAAAGCCGGGUAUUUACAAAAAUUGAUAUUUCCCCCUCUACGUUUUGAAAAAUACCAUCAUUUACACGAACCCGGAUAAAUAUGCUGUUAGUCAUGCUAGCCAAUCAGAAUCCUGGAAAAAAAACAUCAACAAAUGACACGUGUAACUUCCAGUUACUUCCAAGAUGAACGAGUCUUUCGUUUGGAGUGACAGAGAAGUGGAGUUACUUUUAAGUGUGACUUUAGAAUAUAUAACAGGUAAAAUACAAGAAAAUAUUGACGGUGGCCAAACAAAUUGUAAACACAGGUCGCACUCAUGACGCUGGUGACGUUUCUGUUGCAUAAUGUGACGUUCUGAAGCCUAAACGUCCGUUUCUCUCUGUUUACAAGCAAACGUGAAGACAGAGUUUUUGCAAAUCUCCACUUUGGCUGGAGUUUUCAGAAAUGAUGGUUUUUGGUGACUUUGAGCUUCGUUUUCAUGUAAACGUACGGCCAAAACGCAUGAAAACACCACCGUUUUUGUUACGUGUAAACUUGGCCUGAUUCUGAUCGGUAGCUUCUGAUUCUGCAGCGGCCCUUCUUCUCCCACCAAGAUCAGGAGAUGAACUACAGAACAUCUGCACUGGAAUUGGAGCUAAAAUUAGUAUUCAUGACACUUGUCAACAUAAUAUUCAUCAAAAACUACUGAAGCUGAGGUAGAUGCAUUGUUUGGAAACUCUAGAUGGACAUCACCAUAGCAACAUGAAUUGAUGCUUCAAAGUUUAGAUGGCAAAGUUGCUCAAAACCCAGAUGGAAAUAAUCUUUACUGGUUUAAAUGCAGCGGGUUAUGAAAACACCAGCCGUCCACGAGCGCAUUCAGGUUUAAACCUGCUCGCUUUGGUCCGCUCGCUUCCCUGUGACAAACUUUAGCCUCCUUCCGUCCAGUCUCUUCAUCAGUGUUUAAAAAGCUCACCGCUGAUUUAAAUAAAGAAAUCAAAGCAUUAUCUUAAACUGAAACUGUGAACAUCCUGCCUAGAAACUCAAAUCCAGAGCCAAACUCAUCUGAAGGUGACGCCAGUGUGUCAGUAUUUCUGUGUGAGGACCCGCCUUCACGCGCCAACACGCCUCUGAAAUACGACCAAAAACCCUCUAACCAGGGGUAAAUUAAACCCGUUAGUGUGUGUGUGUGUGUGUGUGUGUGUGUGUGUUGAUAGCAGAUGAUCAGUGUGGACACGAGUGUGUGUUGUUCAGUGACUUUGUGUCCAUUUGUGUAACAAACUUGUGCGUCUCCAUGCGUCCAAAUGUCCAAAUGUCCCCAGUCGCUCUGGAGGUUUAAACACGGGACUGGAACAGUGUGUUUAUGUGUGUGUGUGUGCGUGUGUGUGUGUGUUGGGAGGAAGAUGAGCACCAACAAACAGCUCUGUUGUUGUUUUUGUGGCCUUUUAGAGAAGGACGGCUUGUUCUUCGGCACCUUCGCCGUCAUUGUCUUUUAUGUACCGUGUUCAUUUCAGAGACUUUUUAAUCCAAGAUAUUAAAUCUCUAUGUGACAGCA